AUGGAGACCGAAUCUAUUCUUCACCAGCAGCUCCCCAGUACGUACCGGGCAUUACAGCCGCAGGCAGCUCAGGCAAUCCAGCAUGGCCAGCCUCAUCUAGGACACCAUACUCUCGCAUCUCAGAGCGGCCUCGACCUUACCGGCCUCGACGACAAUGACCCUGUGUUUCACCAAGACUUGCGACUGCAGGAUCCGAAUGGACAUGCAUUUCAGAAUCCGCACCCGUUCGAUCGCAAUCAUGGACACGGGCAAAUGCAUAUUCCUAAUGAUGGAAGCCCCCAUACCCCGCAACAGCAUGGCAAUAGUGGGCAGUAUGGUAUCUUGACCGCGGGUCCGGUGCAGCACAAUGCAAUCAACAGGCUACAAGAGGAGGAUAUAUUCGGUAACCCAGAGGGAGGUGACCAAAAGAGCAAUGGACAUUUGAGCACGAAGAUUGUUGUUGAUCCUCCCAACCUCGCAGAAUGGCGCCAGAAGUUGUUCAAUGUGGACGAGAUGAUUACUUUGAGUGAGGACGAGUUUCAGACGUACUUCCCUCAUGUAGAUAAUGUCUAUUCGCACCGAUCAACCCAGCGCUACAAACGUAAACCCUUCGUUUCCCACUACUGGGACUGUCGUCUCAAGGGCAGACCCCCAGGAACGCCGAAGUCGAAUGACCCAAACAAGAAGAAGCGGAAGCGGACGGCAAGAGAGAGGGAUCUAUGUGAUGUUAAGAUCAAGAUCACGGAAUACUUUCCUGGUGCCAUGUUGCGGGCGGAUUUCGUACCAGAUGGAGGUCAGGUUCAGCAAGACCCGUCUCAAAGCAACAACUUCUUUGCGCCAGGACAGCCGGGAAAUCCAGGAAUGAACCAGCAGCAGCAAUUCGGGCUCCCUAUGGUCAAUACCUCUCUGGGGCCAAAUCAUCCGGGAGCCACAGGCCAACGCUACUAUACUAUUCAACGAGUCAAUGGCAAUGGUGGAAAUGGCAAAGGCGAUGGUGUGCCGGGGCCACAUAAACAUGGCUUGGCAGAGAGUGAUCGUGUGAAGAAAAACAGCGUCCAAAGAUAUGUCAUGAAGAGAGACAAGGAGGAGAAGAAAACCCAGAAGACAUAUCAUAAGAAGGCAAGUGGUGCUGCUUUGGCUACAGUCAGGAAGCAUUCAAAGGACCAUGAUUUCAAAUUGUUUGGGAGCUGCUUUUGUCCUUUCGUUCAACGAGUCUGGAUUGCUUUGGAGGCCAAAGGCUUGCCAUAUCAGUACAUAGAAGUCGAUCCGUACAAGAAACCUCAAGCUUUAUUGGAUGUCAACCCUCGUGGCUUAGUCCCUGGCAUUCGUCAUGGGGAUUGGGGUUGUGGUGAGAGCACAGUUUUGAUGGAAUAUUUGGAGGAUUUGAACUCAGGACCUCCACUUCUUCCUCCUGACCCCAGACAUCGAGCCACUUCAAGAUUGUGGAGUGAUCACAUCAACCGAAGAAUUGUGCCAGCUUUCUAUCAUCUGCUCCAAGCUCAAGAGCUCAAUAAACAAGCAGAAAAUACCAAGAAGCUGCAAGAUGAGAUCGCCAAGAUCGUAGAGCAAUGUGAUCCGCAAGGCCCAUUCUUUCUUGGUCCUCACAUCUCCUUCGUGGACAUCCAAUUCGCACCUUGGAUGAUCCGAUUGAACCGAGUCCUAAAGCACUAUCGUGGCUGGCCAGACCCAACGCCUGGCAGUAGAUGGGGACGGUGGUUAGAUGCAAUCGAGACAAACGAACAUGUCAGAAACACGACUAGCUCAGAUGACCUCUAUAUCGACUCUUAUGAGCGAUAUGCGCAGAAUCGUCCGAAUACUUCCGAGCUUGCUGAUGCUGUUAAUGGUGGUCUAGGGUUGCCUUGA